CGGUUAUCUACCCUCCUGACCACCAUGCCUUUCCGCGACAACCGUCUUUAUAAAGCGUUUCCCUCUCAGCUCACUCCUUCCAUACCUAUCCAACAAAUAUGACGGACAAGAAGCAACCUAUCAAGAUUCUUUUCAAGCAGGCUGAAGGGAUUGACAUCUACAUGGAUGUGUAUCUGCCUAUGGCAGCAACAAAGGAGAAGCCAGCCCCCAUUGUACUUUUCUGGCACGGUGGCGGCUUGCUGCAGGGAUCCAGGACCGUUUUAGGACCUCAUCAAUUUGAAUCUGCCGACAAACACAAGAUCUGCCUUGUUUCUGCCGACUAUCGACUGGCACCGCAAUUCCGCUUCCCAGCCGUCUUGUCCGAUUGCGCUUCUGCAAUGACAUACAUUCAAUCCUCGGCUUUUCUUGAAGCCGUUGAGGGGCGUGCUGAUCCAUCUCGAGUUGUCGUCUCUGGAGGGUCUGCUGGAGGAUGGCUUGCCCUUUUGUGCGGAAUGGGGAUUGGGUUCGAUGAAUGCGGACUACCCAGGCCUCCAAAAGUUCAGGGAAUCGCCGCGCUCUAUCCGAUAACCGAUAUGCUGGAUCCAUUCUGGUCAACGAAACAACAUCCCGUAUCCUACAUGGAAAAAGUCAUCCCGAGAGAAGAUGUUGAGCCGUUCAUUAAUCCGGACAGUAAAGAGAGUAGGAUUGCGGCUUCCUAUUUGGGAGAGCGUCGUUCGACGCUGUAUCAUUACAUGGUGCAAGAGUACGUGGUUUCGUGCUACUUUUCGUGCUCCUUGUUCAGGUAAAUCAUGACCUUUACGUUUUCAUCACAGGGCCCUCCUCCCACAACUGCUCCUGGGUGGUACCAACAUCCCCCCCUCAGCAUUUUCUGUUGCGCCAGCUCUCGAUUUCCUAAAGGAGUCCCCAAACAAGUACCCUGUACCUCCCAUAUACAUCGUGCAUGGAACUAUUGACGAUAAAGUCCCCGUUCAACAGUCUCGAGAUGUGGCGGCCGCACUAGAACGGUUGAAGAAGAACGGGGCGAACGUGGAUUACGAGUACGACGAAAUCGAGGGACUGAACCACCUCUACGACCGUGAGACCAACAACCCGAUGGAUAAGUAUUACGACUUUAUCAAGAGAGUAUUGAGGGUUUGAGGAUGACGUGAUUGACAAGAAUACGGAAAAGCGAACAAAUGUAUUCGGUGAUUAUUAAACAAGCAAUGCAAAUCUUCGUCUUCAC